AUGAAAGUAGCUGAUACCCCUGACUCCGCCUCCACCAUCAGCAUGACGAACACAAUCACCAUCACCGUCGAGCAGGACGGCUACUACGAUAUCAACGGCUCGCGGCAGGAGCCUAUUGUCAACCUCCAGCUGGUGACGGGCGCGUCCAAGCUGCGAAGGCAAUUAAAAGAAAGCAACGAAUUGAUCAUUUGCCCCGGUGUAUACGAUGGAUUGUCCGCCCGAAUUGCAAUGAAUCUUGGCUUCAAGGCCAUUUCGACCGGAGCCGGCACUACUGCCUCCCGGCUCGGACAGGCAGAUCUGGGCCUAGCCCAUCUGUACGAGAUGCGAACCAACGCCGAGAUGAUAGCCAAUCUGGAUCCCUACGGGCCCCCACUCAUUGCUGAUAUGGAUACCGGAUACGGAGGCCCCCUGUUCGUCGCCAAAUCGGUGCAGCAGUACAUCCAAGCCGGCGUCGCCGGCUUUCAUAUCGAGGACCAAAUCGCCAACAAGCGCUGCGGCCAUUUGGCUGGCAAGCGCGUCGUCUCCCAGGAGGAGUGGCUGACGCGCCUGCGGGCGGCGAAGAUCACCAAGGACCGGCUGCGCUCGGACAUCGUGCUCAUUGCCCGCACGGACGCCCUGCAGCAGCACGGCUACGACGAGUGCAUCAAGCGCCUGAAAGCCGCGCGCGACUUGGGCUGCGACGUCGGCUUGCUCGAGGGGUUCACCUCCAAGGAGAUGGCCCGCCAGGCGGUCAAGGACCUGGCCCCCUGGCCCCUGCUGCUGAACAUGGUCGAGAACGGCGCCGGACCCGUCAUCUCCACCGAGGAGGCCAAGGAGAUGGGCUUCCGCAUCAUGAUCUUUUCCUUCUGCUGCAUCACCCCGGCCUACAUGGGCAUCAAGGCAGCGCUAGAGCGGUUGAAGAAGGACGGCGUCGUGGGACUGCCCGAGGGGAUGGGCCCCAAGAAGUUGUUCGAGGUUUGUGGACUGAUGGACGCGAUGCGGAUUGACACUGAGGCUGGUGGUGAUGGGUUCUCCAAUGGUGUCUAG